UGUGGAAAGAUCUUCAGUGAGAGCAGAAGUCUUACUAGGCAUCAAAGAACCCAUACUGGAGAGAAACUAUAUAAAUGUUUGGAGUGUGGAAAGAGCUUCAGUGAGAGAGGACAUCUUACUAGCCAUCAUAGAACCCAUACUGGAGUGAAGCCAUAUAAAUGCUUGGAGUGUGGAAAGAGCUUCAGUGAGAGCGGAAGACUUACUAUCCAUCAAAGAACUCAUACUGGAGAGAAAGCAUAUAAAUGCUUCGAGUGUGGAAUGUGCUUCAGUAAGAGCGGAAAUCUUACUAGGCACCAAAGAACUCAUACUACAGAUAAACUAUAUAAAUGCCUGGAAGCUAUCAGUUAGCUUCACCUACCUCAAAAGGUUGUUUUGAUUAUGGAAUGGAAUGCAGAAUCCUCUAUCUCAGUGGUGCACAAACUUUGUUUUUCAGAUAUGACUGAACAUCAAGUCGCAUCAUCCAAAGCCAUAAUAUAUUGAAUUGCAGAACUAUUCAAUAGUUCAUCAGCAUCUGGAGGACCACAUUUUGGGAGCCUCUGCUCUAUCUCCUUCUGGACAA